CGACGCGACGCCACGGAACAGCUGCCAGCAGCGAACUUUGGGGCAACGCUUCUUCAUAUCCUUGUCGCGAACGCGUCGGCAUCUCAUUCUCGCUCGCUCUCGCUCUCACUCUCACUGCUCGUUCUCGCUCUCGCUCUCAGUCGCUGUAUCGCAAUUUAGACGUGCUUAUCAGCAGACGCUUUCGAAAUGCCGUCGCUGCGUUGCGCUUAGUACGUAGCAUACUUUUUUGGUGUAACAUAUCAGAGCAACAACAUCAGCAACAUCGACAACAUCGACAGCAUCUGCAGUUUGCAACAUGUUUUGGAUCUUACGGCGCACUGGCGCCGCCAAUUUCUUCAACUCGCUGAACAACAAUUGCAGCUUCAGCAAGAGCAGCGGCAACGGAGCCGCCGGCGGCAAUGGCAACCACAGCAACAGCACCCAGGACAAAUACGUGAAGCGGCCACCACGCAAGGCUUACGGCCGGCUGAGCGCCGAGGCUGACGAUGCGGUGUCUCUGGGCCAUAAAAUCGAUGAUCCAUUCGAUGAGCUAGACGACUUUGAAAUGCUGGCACCUGGCGCCGCCAGCAGCAGCAACAGCAGCAACAUCAAUAACAGCAACGGCAACAGCAACAAUGCCAACCACAACCCGAGCACGAACAGCAACAACAUCAAUGGGCAGGACGAGGCCAAUGGCAAUGAGAAGGGCAUGCAGCUAUUGGCAUGCACGAACGCCGAUUGCCAGGGCAACUUUGUGGUGGAGAGCGCAUUAUGUGAGCUGGGCCUAUGCCAGGCCAAAGGCAAAUCAUCAAAGGACCUCUCCACAUCGGCCAUGUCCAAGCAGAUUAACGAAAGCACAAUAAGCCGACUUCACGCACUGGCCAUGGCCGACGAUGACGAUGACUACGAUGAAUCGCUUACCUGCAAUGUGUGUGAUCGCUCCUUUCAUUGUCAUCGGCAGCUGGCCUCGCAUCAGCAGAAGAAGCGACACUUUGGCUGCAGUGGAUGCGACAGUUUGUUCCCAUCGCUGAUGCUGCUGGAGCAUCACAAGGAGGAGUUUGAGCAUUGGAGUGACGAUGAAAUGGGUCGACGCGUUUGCUGUCGUCGCAAUCGCUGCGAUGAUGACUACUUUACAGACACCGACUCCUACAUCAGUGAUGCGGAGAGCGAGGACCUCGAACGGUUGUUGUAAACACUCUACAGCAACAGCUGCAGCUGCACGCUGAUGAGUCGCGCAGCUGUUGCCGUCGCU